AGGCAAUAGACUCUAUCUGCAGACAAUUCAUUAACCUAAUGUGAAACGGGCCUGAUAAAUAUUCAAUUCCGACUCUGCAGAAGUCUGUAUCCAUGAUUUUUCUCUUCGAUUCGAUCAUCUAGAUUGCAACCAAGAUGUUACAUGACUUACUGAUGGCUCUGAAUGGAUUUCCUGGGGGUAUUUUUAUGGAACAUGGGCACAGUGAUAUACAGGUUGUUCCAGAUCUUCCUUUUAUCCAUGUGAGUGAAGUCAGUGUACUCAACAGAGUUUGUCGUUUAGGGGCUAUUUAUAAGAAUCUCCAGACCUUCAUCAAAAGAUACAGUGGCAGUCCUUACUUAGGGAAACAUAAUCAAGAAAUUAAGCCAGUGGAUAGACUCCCUGAUGGAUUGUAUCUCAGGACAUUCUGUUCAGGUUUAGACAAGGUCCUGGAACCAUACAGAAAAGCUCUAUUAGACCUGGAACAGGAUAUUUUAGCAGACCCUAACCUGACUGUAGGUCAUAUACAACACACCCUGGAGCCAUUCCAGUCCCUGUUCCCAGCCCUAUUAUCACUAGCUCAACAAAUCCAGACACAGGGCUAUCAUGGAGGCCAGAUCCUAGACCUACUGCAGAGGCACUGUGAUUGUGGUCAGCCUGUUAUUCAGAAAGCAUUACAGAAAAUCUUAUUUGCAUGCCACUGUGUAAUGUACCGUCAGGUAACAGCCUGGCUUCUCCAUGGAAUGUUGCUUGACCGUCAUGCUGAAUUCUUCAUUCACCAGACCACUGAUCCUGGUCAGCUCUUGACCCCUAGUCCAGAUGAUGAUGAUCUUGGUCUUGGUGGGGUGACCAGUAGACAGCUUCAAGAUAUCAUGCAACUUUCUGAAGAUGGGAUAUCAUCAGAGACUGAACACAGUCAUUUUGCCAUCCAUCCUGCCAUGUUACCCAGCUAUAUCCCUGCGAGGGCAGCAGACAAAAUUCUCUUUGUUGGGGAAUCUGUUCAGAUGUUUGAAAGCAAGAAACAAAGUACAGCCAUGAAAUACACAGACUCAGUUCUUGGUAAGAAUGAAGCAGAAUUUGCCAGCAGACUUCAUGAUCUUCAAGAGAAACCAAUCUUUAUGAUUCAAGACUUUGAGGAUGCUGUUGAUGAGAUCAGAGUUUGUGUGGCAGAGCAUCUAUGGAAACUUGUCGUAGAGGAGUUUAACCUUGUAGGAAAGUUGAAUAUGUUCAAAGAUUUCUUUCUUCUUGGGAGAGGUGAAUUAUUCCUUGCUUUCAUUGAUCAAGCUCAGACUCUCUUAAAGAAUCCAGCCACUUCAACAACAGAACAUGAUGUAAAUGUCGCAUUCCAGCAGGCUGCUCAUAAGAUUCUCUUUGAUGAUGAUACUUCACUAUCAAGGUUUAGACUCACCAUAUCAGGCAAGAUCAGUAAACCAACUUCUAAGAAGAGCGAGGGCAGCAGACAAGUGCGUGGUAUUGGUGAGAGUGGCUGGUCGUGUCUUGGGAUGACAUUCGCUGUUCAGUGGCCUCUUCAUAUCUUAUUCACACAAAGUGUCUUAGAAAGAUACAACAUGCUAUUCAGAUUCCUUCUCAAUGUGAAGAGAGUUCAGCUUGAGUUACAGCAGUGCUGGGCCGUUCAGAUGCAGCAUAAACAUCAAAACUUUAAACGUUGGGAUGCAGCUCAGUGGCGGCUUCGUUCACAUAUGGCCUUUCUCAUCGAUAACCUUCAGUACUAUCUCCAGGUUGAUGUGUUAGAAACCAAUUUCAUUCAGCUUCUACAGAAGAUUGAAUUAAAAAGAGAUUUCGAAGCUGUUCGUCUGGCCCAUGAUCAGUUCUUAGUCUCACUCAUAACUCAGUGCUUCCUGCUCACAAAACCAGUCCAUCAUUGUUUGACUGAGAUCCUCGAGUUAUGUUAUUCAUUCUGUAGUCUCAUGAUGCAGACCUCAACAGUUACUGAUAGAGAACUUACACACAUGGAUAAAUUAGCUCAGGGUUUCAAUCGUCAGUCAUCACUCCUGUUCAAGAUCUUAUCAGGGGUUCGUAACCACCAUGCCAGCCCUCACCUGACUCAACUUCUACUGAGGCUAGAUUUCAACAAGUAUUACAGCCAGGCAGAAGGUGCGCUAGCAAGAUAGCUGACAACUGAGGACUUACAGAAUGAUUAUUAAUGAAAGAUUAAUUAAUUAAUCAUGAACAGACUUUAUGAAGUUCCUUGUUAAAAAACAAUGUGUGAUUGUUUCAGAAACAUUUUUUUCAAGUUUUCAGAUCACUUGAUUUUGAUUGGCUGAGAAGUACAGAUAUCUGACAGUUCCUAUGGUAACUGCAGGAUAAGACAAACUUGGUCUGAUAAGAACAUCUGACAAAUCCUUUCAUGACCCACUCCCCAGAUCCAGCCAACCAGAUGUUUGCUGGAAAAUCAUGAAAUUUGUGGGUUUAAAAUCUUGCAAGGUGAUCCUCCCUUGGCCUUGGUAAUGACUACAUAGAUACUGAUAUAAUCGACUUACGACAUGAGAUGAUUUCCCUUACCUAUUUCCCUAUUUUUGCCAUCGUGGAGAGCAUUAUAUCAACAACUGUCAUGUGACAAGCUGCCAUAUCUGUCAACAACUUGAUAAAAUUUGAGUAUCCAGGUUUUCUGCCUGAAAAUUAGUAUGGGGAAUGGGGUGCAGAUAGGUAAUUGAAAUCAGCAGCAGUACUUUGAUUAUACAAAAAUAAGUCAGAAUAUCUGAAAUGUUAUUAAAAUUAUUAACUUCAAAGGAAGAAAGCAGAGGGACUUCUGUUCUCCAGUUCCAAUCCCUUUUCUCAAUAUCUGUUUUACUUGAGUGGAGUGGAGUUCAUAAUCUGAUCUUAACAAGAGCUUGCAUUAAAUUAUAUUUUAAAAUAAAAUCUUUGGAAAACAUCCCUUUUUAUGAUCCCUGAAAAGCAACCACAUUCUACACACCAUUGUCCCAAGUAUUACUUUUAUUCAUCUUUUGUGUUUUCUGCAAGGAGGCAUCUUUGUAGCAGAAUGGUUUGCUACAAGAUAAAAAGUAUUUCAAGCUGCAAACAAUGAAUUGGUUAAGCAUCAAACACUCAUAAGUGCCUUAAAUUAUCCCAGAACCAUACAGUGAAUACACUUGAAACAGCACAAAUAUAAGUUUUAAGCCAGAACAAAAUCGAAGUUGUGUUCAGUGCUUCAAACAUCACACCACCAAGUCUUGUCAGUCAGUGACUGAAAAGGUUGUGAUGACAAGUACCAUUGAAGUAGAAGUGAAUUAAAAGACUGAAUAUUCCCGUCAAUGUCCAAGUUUCCAGUUCAAUUUUUUCUUCCAGUAUUUAAGCAUUCAUAAUCAUUGCAGCCUUAUUGAGAGAGAUUAGUUAACACAACGUUGUAUUUACCUCCCUGCAUUAGUCACUGUAUUUCUAUCAUAUAUAUGUAAUUAGUGAUUUCAAGCCUCAGAUCUAUUAAACAUUGCAGUGUUCAUGGGACCACACUGCUAGUUCAACUGAUUAAUAUUUAUUCAUCAAAGUGCUUGGGAUUUAUUAUUCUGUUAAAUAUUUCAUUACUUUAUUCUUUCUCAAACACUGCUGGUAUUAUCUAGGUAAAAGAUGUUGACCUGUGAGGAAAACUGUGGUAGUGCAUGUUUAGUGAAAUACUGGAAUUGAGAUUGAUUCCAUAUUUACUUCAAUUUUGUUAUUGGUUCAGUGAUAGUCAUCAUUUGACAUCAGUCAUGUUCGUAAUUGAAAGUUUACCAAAAAGCUACAGGUUUUGUUUAUUUGAAAUGUAUUUAUUGUGCAGCUAAGCUGAAUAAUGGUAUGCCUUUGCUAUUCGCUUGAAUAUUGUGAAUAAUAUUGUAAAUAUUGUAAAUAUUCUGUAAAUCUUAGUAAAGGUUUUUUGAGCAAGUUAAUAAGCAGGAUAUACUGUAAAGGUAUUCUAAUGACAUCUUAUGAGUUAUAAUUGUCCAUUGAAUUAAUUUGUUUUCAUUUAUUCUCACCUCUCUUGGAGCCAGGAGUAAAUUUGUUUGAUCAACAAACUUCGCAUUUUCAUUCUUUUACAAAAACUUAAACAAAUGCAAAUAUUACUUGACUAAGUGGCCUGUAUUGUGAAAUCUUGUUUAAUUCAAACCAUCCUCCAGUAUAAAUGUGUGCUAAAAUUAUGGGAAGCCAAAAAAUUAUAACCUUGUUUACAUUGAAAGAUUUCUUAUCUUUACUGUUGUCAAUUUUAGUUACGGUACUGUAUUAUUCUUAGACAGUUAUUGAUGAUAUGAUUUUCUAUGAGCUGAUACAUUGAACCUCUACUGUUAGAAAUUUGCAUCACAAUCCUUUCACCACAACUUUAGACCAGAGUUUAAAGUAAACCAACUUCAGAAUAUGGGCAAGAAUGUUACGUUGUAAACCUUGAAAUAUUAACUUCUCACUAUCACAUCCUGACCUUGAGCAAUGUGAGCAGAAAAUUUUGAAUAAAUUUUUUUGACAAAAAGUUGA